UAGCGUCACCCACACCACUGUUCGUCGUCCCCAAACCAAUAAUUUGCGGAAAAACUCCAAUUGCGGCGGGCAAAAAAAAAAGGAGAAAAAAAAUAUUUCUCCGAUUUUUCACCCCCAAUUCUCACUCGCCGCCGCCGCCGCCGGCCCGAUCUCGCCGGAACCCUAGUCGAGGUGGGGGGCAGCUUCGGGCCGUGCUCGGGAGCUCGCUUCUCGGCCGCCGCGGGUCGCUGGAGCCCGUGGGCGUCGUCGUCGUCGUCUAGGGUUUGCUCUUCCCGGAGCUGCGCGGCCAGAUCGUCCGGCCGGCGGGGCUGCAUUUUGUGCCGCCGCCCGCCGCCGAGAUGCAGCCGCCGUCGAAGAAGUUCGCUCGCGUCGACACGCUCGAGCUCAAGGCGCGGAUCGUCAAGCGGCUGGGCCCGCAGCGCGCCGAGCUCUACUUCCGCGGCCUCAAGAAGUUCCUGGGCUGUCAGCUCGGCAGGGAUGAGUUUGAAAAGAUCUGUGUUGCUGCAUUGGGGAAGGAGAACAUCAAGCUCCACAAUUUCCUCAUCCAGUCCAUCCUCAGCAACGCGUGUAUGUCGAAUGGGCCGCCGCCGAGCAUGCAGGCAGCUACAGGGAACUCGCAGACGAGCACGGUGUCCAAUGGGACACUCAACAAUGGCUUACUGCCGGUCAGGAGAGUGAGGCCCCUGACGAAGAGGUUUGGUGAUAAGCCGAGCCCGAUUGGGAAGUCUCCUCUUGGUCAUCCGGGGACUGGGGGGGAGUUUGUGUCAGCUGGUAGCAAGGCUUUGCAGGAGGUUAUCUCUGUGGAGGAUGGCGAGGAGGUCGACCAGGCCCGUGGUAGCCCAGUCUGUGUGCAGAGCCGAAGCCCGAUCAGGCCCCCACUGGGUGUUCUAAAGGUUCAGAAUUCCGAGCCUUCGACAUCUUGCGCUUUGGAUGUGUGCUACAAUAAUGGUGAACUGCCAGAUUCUCAGUUGCUGUCCAAGCUACUUGACGAUAAGUUGAAGGCUCAAGGUCUCAGUGUGCCCAAAGAGUGUGCUGAUGUGUUGAACUCUGGGUUGAAUGCAUACAUGAGUCAGAUGCUGAAGGCCUGUCUAGGUGUUGCGAAGGCAAGGGGAAUCAACAGGAUGAUGCGCCAACCAAAUGGCCGCACUGCUGCUUCAGUAAAUAGUGGGCAGAACAAUGGCUUUCCUUUGGAAUCAAGCUGUUGUUACCAAGCUUCGUUGCUUGAUCUUUCGACAGCAGUGCUAUCAAAUGCUCGGUUAGUGCCGUGCGUGGAGAUUCGUGAGAAGAUUUCUUCCCAUCUCCACAACAGAUAAGAGAGCAGCUAGUUUCCUCCACAUUUUUAGCAAACCUGAUGGUGGAGUUGAUCAAGUGUAGGCAGUACUUUGUAGUGCCAUUGAUCCUGCUGUAGAAACUACAGGUAGUUAGGUUGAGGUAAAGUGGAGUUUGACUGUAGGACUGGGUAGUGUACCCAUGGCUGGUGAGGAUGAUACUUCUUAGGAUGCAGUACAUGAUAGUGAGCUUUAUUUAGCUGUGAUUAUUCACAAAAAUAAUUAUAAUAAAAGGUUCUGGAAUGUGUUGUGGCUUUUUUUUUCACACAGUA